AUGGCUGCAUUAGAAGAAAUCAUAGAUGAAGAAAUGUAUGAAAUGGAAGAAUUGCGACGAGUGAGGAUUCCACGCAUUGUACCUAAAGAUCGCAGUGACCCAUUUCAUUAUCUUUCUGGAUAUGGCAUUCCUCUGCAUUUGAAGAUGCUAGUUACCUUGCGGUACCUAGCCACGGGAAGUUUCCUUCUUACGGUAGCUGACAUAAUGGAUAUUGCAAAAUCAUCAGCAUGCAGUGCUGUUGGAGAGGUGGUUCAACUUAUUGCUUUCCUGGCACCAGACUACAUCAAAUUCCCACAGCCAGAAGAAGCACGUCAGAUGGCCUCAAAGUUCUAUGAUAUUGCUGGUAUGCCAGGUGUAUUGGGGUAUAUAGAUUGUACACAUAUUUCAAUACAGAGUCCAGGUGGGAACAACGUUGAGAUGUAUAGAUGUCGAGAGGGGUUUUACUCGUUAAAUGUCCAAGGUAUUUGUGAUUCAGAACUCAAAUUUAUGCAUGUUGUCGCAAGUUGGCCAGGCAGCGUACAUGACUCAAGAAUAUUUUCUAAUUGUCGUAUCUGUCAUCUUCUAGAGCAAGGAGAUUACAGCGGUUUAUAUUUGUUAGGGGAUAGUGGGUAUCCAAGUCGGGAAUAUUUACUGACUCCACUCCUAACUCCAAGAACUGAAAAGCAUAGGAGGUAUAAUGUAGCUCAUAUACAAACACGGAACUGUAUUGAGAGGGCAUUCGGUGUGCUGAAAAGAAGAUUUGCAUGCUUAAGCAUACCCCUGCGAACCAAACUUCCCAAUACAAAAAGAAUUGUGAUAGCAUGUGCUGUUUUGCAUAACAUUGCUAUUUCAAGAAGAGUGGACAUGUUAGAUGUUGAGGUUGAGGCACAGGAAGUAGUUGAUUUAUUGGAGGAUGAAGAUGAACAUGAACUGGAUGCCACACAAGUUAGGGAAUCAUUAAUUCAAAGAUGGUUCUGAGGGCCAGUUUCAAGAACUUUUCCUG